AGAUCAGCCUUCAACUUUCACAUUUAUCUUGGCUAUCCUGCUCACGGACUCUGGGGGUUGUCCUCAGGGGACUCUGCAUGCUCUCUCACCGCCGGAGGAAGAAAUCAACCCUAGCCGACUCUACCCUGCAGUAUCAUUUGCAAAUCAACCCUUCCCCUUUCCUGCAAACGGAGUGAGUGAGUGAGUGACAAAAGUAACAGAGCUGCUUUGAAAGUUUCAGACUUCUCUUCUGAUCUUCUAUACAGUUUGGAGCUAUGCUACUAAACAUACUUUCAGUUAUACAGUGAAUAUCUUCUGUGGGAUUAGAUUGCGUAUUUACAACAACAACAGCAACAACAACAACAACAACAACAACAACAAAUCACUAAGAAGGGAGAAACAAUUGUGGAAAGUCAUUGGGUGCAGCCUUCAGAUACGGCUCUGCUUCUUUCUUCUGGAGAACCAAUUGGAUAUCACACUUCUGCCUUGUUGAGGCUUGCCUGGGACUUUAGCCGAACAAACCUGCAACAUUCCUCCACAUUUUUCCUGAAUCCAGAGGCUCUGAGGAUUAAUGCAGAUCUGUCCUGUAUCUGACUGUGUUUUGUUUUCAUUUCUCGCCUGGAACCUUCCUGUGUUAGCAGUACAAACCCUCAUGGAGUCAAUCCAGAACCUCCCGCCUUUUCAUGGAAGAAAAAACAGACUGAGUUGUAAAGUUUAGGAAUCCACAGGAGGAUCGGUUCAGAUGUUCCGGUUAUUUUCUUUACAUCGUAGAGGUCUCGUAUGAGUCAGGAGUUCACGGGACAAUGAACAAAGACCUGGCACUGGCAAGAAAAGCGGCACCGACUGUUUUCGGGCACGGUCGGAGACACUCGUGCUUGGGUUUUGAUGUGGACAAUGGCCUGUCGGUGGGUCGCAGUCCACUGGACUCUCAGACUAGCCCGAGUUCUGGUCUGGUACUUCAGGCCAACUUCCCUCACAGUCAGCGCCGCGAGUCCUUCCUCUACCGCUCCGACUCAGACUUCGACCUUUCGCCCAAAAACAUGUCCCGCAACUCGUCCACUGCCAGCGACCUGGAGGAGGGAUUGAAGCAUUGGGAAGUCAAUUGGCUACCUCGUCACGGAGAAGACAUGAUAGUGACUCCAUUUGCACAGGUUCUUGCCAGUCUCCGAACAGUCAGAAGUAACUUUGCCGUUCUGACACAUCUGCAAGAUCGUGUAACAAACAAGCGUUCGACAAGCAGCAACCAACCGUCCAUGUGUAAGCCAUGUCUUCCAGAGGAGCCCUGCCAUAAGCUGGCGGUGGAGACGAUGGAGGAGCUGGACUGGUGUCUGGACCAGCUGGAGACGCUGCAGACACGACACUCUGUCGGGGAGAUGGCCUCCAACAAGUUUAAGAGGAUGCUGAACCGCGAGCUGACGCAGCUGUCAGAGACGAGCCGCUCAGGGAACCAAGUGUCAGAGUUCAUCUCCAACACCUUCCUCGAGAAACAACAUGACGUGGAGAUCCUGUCUCCACCUUCUAAGGAGAAGGAGAAGAAGAAGAGGCCGAUGUCACAGAUCAGUGGUGUGAAAAAGCCCACACAGAGCCCCAGCUUAGCCCCCAGCUGCAUCCCUCGCUUUGGAGUCAGCACACCACACGAGAGCCUGCUAGCAAAGGAGGUCGAGAACAUUAAUAUUUGGGGUCUGGAUGUUUUCAAGAUAGCAGAAUUUUCUGGAAACCGCCCUCUGACGGUGAUCAUGUACUCCAUCUUCCAGGAGCGUGACCUUCUGAAAACCUUUAAGAUCCCAAUGGACACCUUCAUCACCUUAAUGAUGACCUUGGAGGACCACUACCAUGCAGACGUAGCUUAUCACAACAACAUUCAUGCAGCUGACGUGGUGCAGUCCACCCACGUACUCCUGUCCACCCCCGCUCUGGAGGCGGUGUUCACAGACCUGGAGAUCAUGGCUGUGCUGUUUGCUAGUGCUAUCCAUGACGUCGACCACCCAGGAGUUACCAACCAGUUCCUCAUAAACACAAGUUCAGAGCUGGCGCUGAUGUACAACGAUGCCUCGGUGCUGGAGAAUCACCACCUUGCUGUCGGCUUCAAACUGCUGCAAGAAGACAACUGUGACAUCUUCCAAAACCUCAGCAAGAAACAGAGAGAAUCCCUCCGAAAGAUGGUGAUCGACAUGGUGCUCGCAACAGACAUGUCCAAACACAUGAACUUCUUGGCGGACAUGAAGACGAUGGUGGAGACCAAGAAGGUCACCAGUCUUGGCGUCCUACUGCUAGACAACUACUCCGACCGCAUCCAGGUUCUGCAGAACAUGGUCCACUGUGCCGACUUGAGCAACCCAACCAAACCGCUGGAGAUUUACCGCCAGUGGACGGACCGCAUCAUGGAAGAGUUCUUCACCCAGGGAGACCGAGAGCGGGACAAAGGCAUGGAGAUCAGUCCCAUGUGCGACAAACACAACGCCUCCAUAGAGAAGACCCAGGUGGGCUUUAUUGACUACGUUGUCCACCCUCUCUGGGAGACAUGGGCGGACUUGGUGCAUCCUGACGCUCAGGACAUCCUGGACACACUGGAGGACAACAGGGAGUGGUACCAGAGCAUGAUCCCCCGCAGCCCGUCGCCUACCAGCCCCGAGGAGCACCUUGUGGAAGCGCUGCCAGGAGGAGGAGCUGUUGGAUUGGGAGGGGCUGUCUCCUCAGGAGGGGGAGGAGUGGACAAGUUCCAGUUUGAACUCACUCUGGAGGAAGAGGAGGAGGACGAGGAGGAGGUGGAGUUUGACCUGGAGAGCCCCCUAGAGGAGGAGUCAGGUGGGGAGCGGCAGCGGGACUCAUCCUCCCCAUCGUUGUCCCCAGACCCCCGCAGCAGGUACCGCCCCCCUUCCCCUCACCCGUCCCGGACCCUGAAUCUGGCUACCAUGUCGGUGCGGAGCCCCCACAGGAUGCUGGCCUCCCCGGGACGGGAAGGCGCCAACAGGGACAGAGAACUGAGCCAGGAGGGGGACGGGGUGGCGUGCCUUCGUAUGGGCACGUAACAACCAGCACAACCUGCCCCCCCUGAGAGACAGGAGCGCAGGAUGUGGAGAGUCGGAGGCGGGGCAGGCCCUUACCGAUAAAGUCUGUAAAAUCACUACAGUCCCUUUACACUGGAGACACCCGCUCUGGAGCACAGAGGGACGUUCCCUCUCCUGUUUUAUUUUAUAUUUCGACAAGAAGAAUUGUCUCAGCCUCUUUUUGGGUGCCUGAUUGUGUCCGUCUUGCUUUGUUGUAGCUUCAGUUCGGAGUGUCCCAGACAGAGACUGCUGCUUUUUAACUAGGAAGAGUGGAGUGGAGCCGAGGCGGGACACUCUGACAUGAACAAAAGGUAAAGGAAAUGUCUUCCUCUAAAAUAACUGAUUGUGACAUUCAGACUCGAGAAUGAGGAUGUGUUGGUUUGACAGGGUCUUGUAAAUGAUUUUGCACCAUAGUUUUGAAUUUUAGGAUAUGGAAUUACUGAGUUCAGUUCAAAUAAGUGAGUAUGAUUUGUUUGUUUGAGAAUGAUGUGAGAAAUGAAUUAUUUUACCAAAUACAGGAUGUAGGUGAGAGAGAGUCGAAAGACCUAAACCUCAGGGUAUGAAGUGAAAUCUAAUGUAGCAUGGAUGUAGUGGGUUCCCCUGACCUGACCCUCGAACCCAUCUGUCUUUCCUGUUUGAUUUACCUCCAAACUAGAGACACACCUGAGCCUUUGUCUAACGGUGUGUCUCUGCAUUUAUUAAAACCCUUUAAUAGAGAAUUUGGCAAAUGAAGCAAUCUUAUAGUAUAUAUUUAAACCUGAUUGUAGCAGCACAGAGAUUGAACACUAAGGAAGACUGAACCCCAGUCUCACCUGUUGAAAAUAUAAAAGACACCACCUGUAUAAUUAGUUUGGGCUUUAUUUUUUUUACCUGAGGAGAUUUUAAAUGUUGUCAUACUUUUAGUGUUUCAAACUGUUCCUUGUUGUACAUUUUUGCUGGUCUUGUCUGUGUGUAUGUGCUUGAAAAGCAUUUUUUAUCAGGGUGCCUCCAGUCCGCAGUAGCACUUUACUGUCUCUGCCCUUCAGCUCUUUUCUUCAGUCACACAAAGGGCUUUGUCCACUGCAGGCCAACUGAUGAUCACACAGCACGUCUCACUCCAGAAGGCAGGGCAGGAACCUCAUCGGUGAUCAACAAUUUCACAAACUUACUGGACCAAUAACAAAAUUCACAACCUGAUAGUAUAAGAACUUUUCUGCUUUGUCAGAAGCUUUAGUUGCUCUACUUAUUUCCACCUCAAUGUCUGUAAGAAGAAAAUUAUUACAGGUGCCAGGUUUUUUGACCCUGGUUGCAAUUUUAAAGGAAAAUGUAUUACUACAAUGUUCUAUAAGUUUAUCCUAGGUUCAAGAUUUAAAACCCAUCUGCCUUUUUAAAUCUACAAAGUCAGUCUUUGUUGUGAAUUGAGAAAUUGUUCCCAAUUGCUCUGCUAAAUUACAAAUUAUUAUGAUGUAGGCAAAACAUGUGAGAACAACCUUUAAUUCACUUCAAUUUGCCUGACUGCAGCCCACAAACAGAUACGAGUUUGCUGUGAUGAUUCUUUUCUUACUCACACGUUAAAGGAUAUUGCUGGUGUUAUUUAUACAGUUUCCUUGUUGUGAGCAGAUCCCAUGAAAAGAUGUAAUGUUAGUUUCUAAAUACGUUCUUCCUUCGGCUCUCAGCCCAGAGACCAUUUGCUCUUACAGAUGUCGUAAAUCUUUAAAAACGUGUCACAAAUAUAAAACAUUUGUUUUUAUUUCAACUUUUUUUUUACCAAACAUGACUAUUGUACUAUUUAUAUCUGAUUAAACAAGUAAUAAUAUAUACUGUAUAUAAAUAUUAUUAUAUUGUGAUUAGAAAUUAGGUAUUUAUUUCCAACAGCAGGACAGUGGAUGUGGGAUUGAUCCAAAAUAAGCUAUUGCACAUGUUCAUAAUGAAGCAAUAUGUCUCUGUGUGGCUCAGGAUGUCUUUUAAAUAUUUCCUGCACAACAAUGGAGGUCUAUGGCACAGCUGUUGCUUUUUUGUUUUUUCACAGGGGUUGUUGACAGUAACAAAAAUAUGAAAUAUAUUGAUUGAUACGUUUUAUUAUAUUUACACCUCAUAAUGAAUGCCAUGAUGAAGAUUAUUUUUUUUCUAGAAAUACAAAAACAGAUUUAGAUUGGGGAUUUCAUCUUUCCAGAUAAGUCACCAUGCUGUUCCUUUCCUGCCCUGCGGACUAACUGAUGAAGAGAUCAGAAGUUGCUGACAGAAAUUAAUCAAACUAAACCGAUUCUCCUUUGAUAGAAAGUGCCCGACUGGGAUAUGACUGUGCCAUAAGUGUUGAAAACACACACCUGCCAGCCUACAAUGCUGUACAUUUUUACACUAGAGAUUUUAACCUGAUGAUUGUAUCAAAGUCAAUGAAUUUAUAGAGUUAGUUUUUACGAAUGAUACGUGUUACCAGUAUUUAAAGCAGACCGUCUGUUAGAUUUUGUGCAGCUCAUAAUCAGUCUGUUCAGCCCUGUCCUAACCAGAGAGGUGCAACUUGAAAAUGUGUGUAGUUUCAGGAGUCGCUGAGGUAGAAAGACCAGGAAGCAAGCAUGCACACAAAGAUAGGAUGCACUUCCUGGUCAGGCAGUCAUAGAAAACACUAGAAACAGUAUUUCAUUAACUCACCUAGUAAGCUUUACUGAUCAGCCUUACAUGUGAUAGAAGUGGUUGGAGCCUAUUGUUAAAGGACCAUUAUGCUGUUUUAACAUGCCGAGCCAAAGCUUCGUCUGGAAAAAAAGAGAAAACUGCUCCAUCCAGGCUUUAGAAAACAAUGAAAUCUCAAAACAUCAGAAUAUACAUUAUAUAUGUUUUUAGCCUGAGAUAUAUUAUGUAAUGGAUUAUGUAUACAAUUCCAUAUUUAAUAUAUUUCAAAUAUUCAAAGAUUAAUUGAAAAACCUCCACAGAAACAAAAAAAAGACAUUUGACACAGCGUCAUAAUUAUACAGUUGUCAUGACAGCAGCAAUAUUGUGUUUCCAUCCUAAAUAUUAAGUAUGUUUGCUUGAAAACUAUUACAGAUUAAACUUUUAGCCUUUUUCUUAAAAGUUGCUCUGUGGUUCAUUAAGUUCCCUCUCCCUUUUCCAGCUUUGGGUCUUGGAACCAAAUGUCUUUAAACGUUUGUGUGUGCGGUACAGACCUUUAAUUCACACUGGUCCCAAGUUAAAGUACCCGCUUAACAUCGGUUUAGAAGCACAUUUCCUUAAGUUAAAACAGGAGCUAAGACCAAAAGCCAGUUAGUCUUAAGUAUUUUGUAUGUUUAGUGCUUUCCUCUCUGUGACAGUUAAAGCAAAGAAGCAGUCCAUUAGCUCUUCUGAAGCCCUGAAUAGUUACAGUAGCCCCAACAGUGACAGUAACUGUAAAUGAACAGAAGAGCAAUGCACAAAUUCAUUUUAAGAUCUUGUUUUAAAGUUCCUACUUUUUCAGGCAGAAAAUGCAAGUAAAGCUUUAUUUGUAUGGUCAUUUUUAACAGUUACAAAAUGCUUCACACACAUCCCAAAAAAUGAAUACAGUAAAAAAAAAAAAAAGAAACUGUAAAAACAAAAGAAGACACACACUAAAAAAUAGAAAGAUCAAAAAAUGCAAAACAAGUUCAUGUCAUUUCAAACAUGUAGGAUUACUGAUAUGAAAUAUUGGACAUUGGAUUUCAGAUUCAGUGGCUCGGUGAUUGUUGGCGUUAGCUCGGCAUGUUAGCACAGCAGUGUCGCUCUUUACAGGAAGACAUCAGUGCCAUACAGUGUUAACCGUCUCUCUAUUGUUGUGUCGCGCUGAUGCUGCCAACAUUAAUGUUCAUGCUGUCUAUUUACUCAGCCUCUGUGUCGUGCAAACCUCUAUAAAAAGAUAUUUAUUCUUAAAACAUGUCUGUCGAGACAAAGUACUGUAUCAUAGGACAUUUGAUUUUAUGUUCUGGAGCCUAAAAAUCAAGUAUACAUUCAAAAGUAUUCACCUGCCACUCCAAUGUUUUGUUUGUCGAAGAAAAUAACUAUUUUUGUUUCUCCUAAGCCAAAAGACUCUCUGGAGUUCAGGGUGGUUUAAAUGAAAAUGCCAAUAAAUAAUAGGAAAAUUAA